AUGCCAGACGGUAAUGAAAACCAUUCAAAUGUCAGAGCGUUUGAAUGCAGGAUCGCUUCGUCGAAGGCUGGACUGGACAGGAGGAAGGCAUCUAGUGCAAAGGCGGAGUACCAAUGUCGGAGCGGCCAAGAGCCGUCUGUUCCAAGACGUGCGGCCGCUAUCGUCUCGGGGACCUAUUUCUUUAUCCGCCGUUUCAGCAUAUGUGUGGCGGCGGGCGAUAAGCAAAAGCUUUGUUUCGGGCGUGAAAAGGUCGAGUAUUCCGGUCGGAAGACCGACGGGAGCGGCCGUGGCAGCUCCCAACACGAGGCGGUGGCAGAGAGAUCGUCGCGCACAAAGAAUGUCUCCGCAUUUGCAGACGUCGGUCACCAAGCUUCGUGCGCUGAAGACUGGAAAGUCGGGAUGGCGGGAGGCCCGGGGUACAGCCUGCGUCCAACUGUAACCGUAUCAGAGAACAAUCGUUCCACUAAAAUAUUCGCUUUUAUUGCGGUAUUUCCUCGCGACCCAUGGCGACGACGUGUCCCGCAACCCCCCGCGACCCUGUCUGUUUGCGAGCGACGGCAUAAGCCCGUUGCUGAUACACAGAGCACAAAACGUAAACAUAUCACCAGGAGGUUUCGGAUGCGUGCUCUCGUCCGGCCCCUCGCAGUACACAACGCGUUCUUUCCCAUCGAGUCCAUCGUCUCCGUAUUCGUCCUCGCAACCCUCGCCUACUUUCACAUCCUCACCGGCAUCAAGCAUUCGUCCUUCUUCGCCUCGACCUAUCCGACUAAUGUGCGUCCAGCGCAUGCCCGUCUCAGCGCCGACGAGUGGGUGGGUGUGAGCCAGCGCGAUUGGAGCGAUGCAUGGAAGCAUCCAGAACACGGCAUGAAGGCCCUGGAACUGCAACAGAUCGUGUUCAAACUUGAUGAGCCCAAGGCGAAGGCUAGUACAGAGCUUGGUUCAAAGCCAUCUGUCUUGUCCGAGAUCACCCAACAUCUUCCGUCACAGCUGACAAGUCUUUCGGGCGAGCCGUACUCGUCGGUGUGCUACUACCCAGGUUCAAACGUCACAGGCGUGCCAUGCUUUGUGUCAUCGUCGGCCGACGACGCAUCGUCCGCCCUCACGUUGUCGUUUGUGCCCGGUGCACGCGAGGACUGGCUCGAGGCGUUGCGGCAAGUCAAGUCGGUCACCGUGGACGGCAUUGAGUAUGACCUGCACGGUGCGAAGCGCGAAGAGACAAUCGGCGAGAUGAAGAGCAGCAAGUGGGUCGCAUACGCUCUGCGCGCGACAUUUGUUCGCUUCUGGGAGCUCACCAAGAAAGCCGACUCGCUUGACAUCGUCGUCGUGCUUCUUGGCUACAUCCUAAUGCACGCGACCUUCCUUCGCCUCUGGCUCUCCUCUCGUGCACUCGGAUCCAACUUCUGGCUCUCGACAGGAAUAUUCUCGUCAUCAGUGACGGGCUUCCUCUUCGCGCUUACGUUCUGCCGAUACCUAAAUAUUCCUCUCGAUCCAAUUGCUAUGACGGAGGCGCUUCCGUUCAUGGUCUGCACGGUGGGCUUCGACAAGCCGCUGCGCCUUGCGCGCGCAGUGCUCGCGCAUUCGCAGACACUCAAGCCUCAAGAAGACGGGCGCAUGAAACCCGCUGGUGACGUCGUACUCGAAGCGCUUGACCGCGUCGGGAACGUGAUCCUACGCGACUAUGUGCUCGAGAUCCUGGUGCUACUCGUCGGUGUGAACAGUGGCGUUGGCGGACUCAAGGAGUUCUGCUCUGUCGCUGCUGUCUGCCUUGGGAUGGACUGUCUGAUGGUCUGCACGUUCUACACCGCCAUACUCACCAUUAUGGUUGAGGUACGCCGCGUGAAGCUCGUCCGCGAAAUGUCUCGCUCUCGCACGAGCAGCAUCGUCGCGCCAUCCGGCCAUGUAGUGCGCCCUGCGCUGUCCAAAUCCUCGAAGUCGGUCACAGCCCCAAAGAGCAUAAGCGAGCGGGUCAAGGCCGCUGUACUUGGUGUCAAGGGCUCGCUCCUGCCUGACUCGCAUGGCAGCAAGGCGCUUCCUGCGGAUGAGAACCCGAUGACGAGGCUUAAGUUGCUUCUGAUUGCCUCUUUCCUGACCCUCCAUAUCCUGAACUUCUGCACGACAUUGACUCCGGCUACCGCCCUAGCCCGUCAUAACAGGCACUCUGCACGGACAGCAGCUGAUGCGCUCCCUCCCGCUCCCCUUGUUGACAUCACUAGCCCUUCCAUCUCCAGCAUCCUCGCAGACCUCGCCAAUGCUGAGGAGGCCGGCCUUACUUCCCCUGAUCUUGUUGACCCUGAGUUGAUCGUCAAAGUCGCGCCUCCUGUCUAUCUCCACCUCGUCCCUGCAAGGAGCGUGGCCGCCUCGAAAACAGAGGCGAUUGAGAACUUCAUGUCUAGCUGGACCGACCUCGUCGGUGACCCAGUGUUCUCGAAGUGGAUCGUCGUCUUCCUGUCCAUCAGCGUCGCACUCAACGGCUACCUGUUGAAGGGCAUUGCGGCUGGAUCUGGCUUGGCAGCGAUGAAGGCAGUGAGAGACAAGGGCGUGCGCUUCCGUUCGCGGGUGCGCUCGAGGGUCAGGCCGGAGAAGGAGGAAGAGUCUCAGGAGCAGGAGCACAAGUCGGUCGUUCCUGCGUUCAUCAUUCCUUCCGCGGCACCUGUGACCGCUGUGCCCGUGCAAGUGCGUGAGCCUGUGCGUCCAGUGCUCAGUGCGCCGCUCAACCUCGCGAGCGUGGAUCUGAAGCUCCGAGAGGCUGCCAUCCGCGCACUACCAACGCCUGCGGGGACACUGUCACCCUCGAGCGACGCGGAGAACAGUUUUGUCAAGGAGUCUUGCAGCACCGGCCUUCGCUCACUUGAAGAGUGCAUUGACAUAUUCGAGAAUGGUCCAAGGCCCGUGUCGGUCGCACUGUCGACGUUAAGUGAUGAGGAGGUUAUCCUGCUUGCACAGAAUGGCAAGAUCGCCCCAUAUGCUCUCGAAAAGGUGCUUGGUGACCUGGAGAGAGCUGUUCUGAUUCGUCGCGCAUUGAUUUCUCGUGCGUCCAGGACGAAAACGUUGGAAUACUCUGAUGUACCAAUGAGUGGCUAUGAUUACUCUCGAGUGAUGGGUGCUUGCUGUGAGAACGUCAUUGGUUAUAUGCCCAUUCCGCUCGGCGUCGCUGGACCGUUGAAAGUCGAUGGCGAACUGUACCCGAUUCCGAUGGCUACCGCUGAGGGCACUCUCGUUGCUUCGACGUCUCGUGGCUGCAAGGCCCUCAACGCUGGUGGCGGUGUUACGACCGUGCUCACAUACGACGGCAUGACGCGUGGCCCAGCGAUCGAUUUCCCCUCCAUCGUCAUGGCUGCGCAGGCCCGAGCGUGGGUCGAGUCCGCCGAGGGCUACGCCGUUGUCAAGGAGGCAUUCGAGUCAACGUCGCGAUUCGCAAAGCUGCAAAACAUAAAGUGCGCCAUGGCCGGCCGGACGUUGUUCGUGCGCUUUGCUACCCGCACAGGCGACGCGAUGGGCAUGAAUAUGAUCUCGAAGGCUACGGAAAAGGCACUGGAGGCCAUGAGCAAGGAGUUCCCCGAGAUGGUUGUCCUCGCUCUCUCGGGCAACUACUGCACGGACAAGAAGGCUGCUGCGAUCAACUGGAUCGAGGGCCGUGGCAAGAGCGUUGUGGCUGAGGCCGUCAUUCCGGGCAAGGUUGUCAAGUCCGUGCUGAAGACGACUGUUGAAGCGCUCUGCAAUCUGAACACCAAGAAGAACCUUGUUGGCAGUGCCAUGGCCGGUUCGAUUGGUGGCUUCAAUGCACAUGCUGCGAAUAUCUUGACCGCGGUCUUCCUUGCGACCGGCCAGGACCCUGCGCAAAACGUGGAGAGCUCUCAAUGUAUGACGUUAAUGGAACCGACUAACGGCGGCGAGGAUCUGCUCAUGACCAUCACCAUGCCCUGCAUCGAAGUCGGCACCAUUGGUGGCGGUACCGUCCUUGCUCCGCAACAAGCCAUCCUGGAUCUGCUCGGCGUGAAGGGCGCGCACCCCACAAACCCCGGCCAGAAUGCCCAACAGCUUGCGCGAAUCAUUGCAUCAGCAGUCAUGGCGGGCGAACUGUCUCUUAUCAGCGCGCUCGCUGCAGGCCACCUCGUUCGUGCCCACAUGGCUCACAAUCGCUCUCAAGCGAAUACCCAAGCUAACACGCCGAGUACCUCGCGACCCGUCACACCCGGCCUCCCAUCUCCAGCAGCCAGUACGUUUUGGGCUGGUGGCGCGACUCAGGGCGUGAUAACACCCGUCACGUCUGGAUCGCAUUCUCCUGUGCCUGCCGGCUAUGUCGUGGACUCGAAGUAA